AUGCGCGCGAAAGAUGUGACGCAACAACUCAUCAUGGAGUCUGACCCGCUAGUGGCUGCGGAAGUGUUCAAGGCUGGGCUUGAGAUCCUGGGCCACGCACCACCACCGGCAGUCGCAAAUGAGAGAGGUGGUAAUGGAAGCAGUGCCGGUCGAGGAGUUUCGAACGCGGGAAUAACAGAUGCCGCGGCGGCCUUUUCUGGAGUUAAACUGGUACAUCCAGACGAGUUUAAAAACCCAUCCACAUUCCUCAAGAUCUACGGAGACCCACUUUGCUUUUCACGUCUGGGACCACUACCCAAGAAAGACCGCAACGGCAACUGGGAAUGUCAAGAUUGCGGAAACGUCAACUUCCCCAGACGAUUCCGUUGCAACAUGUGUCAGAAAGCUCGAAGCCCAGAAGGAGACCAACUCGUCGCAGAAUAUGCCGCCCAAGUCUAUGAACGAUAUCAACAACUAUUCAAGCAACAGAAAGACCCAUCCGCCUCAUUGUCCACUCCCGACGGCAUGCAAAUACACUAUAAGACUAACCGAGCAAAUAAUAAGAAAAAAAACAAGCAAUCGGCGCAACACGCUGCACCCGUCCCGGCUCCGUCUCGAAGCCCACCAAGUACUGCGCCCCAGUCCACCGUUUCGGAAGUAACGAACGGUGACCCGGCGGUGUCAGAGUCCGACUACAUUUCAGCCAAAUAUACCACACCCCAAAGCAGCUACUAUUGA